AUGCUCCGGUGGUAUGCCCUUUCCUAUCACGUCAAAGAGGUCCUCGCGGUGAAGGAGAUGAUGUCGGAGCGGGGUAUUCCCCCGACGAGUCAUACCUUCCAUCAUCUGUUUCGCGUCUUGGAUCGGUAUUAUCCACGGAUGGUGGAGCGGUUUUACGCGGAGAUGCGCGGGCGCGGGGUGGGGAUCGCGACCGCGAGUUUUCCCAUCCUCCUCCGCGUCUUUCGCGAGCUCGGCAACGAGGCGGUGGUGGAGGAGCUGCUUGUGGAGCUGCGAGCGCGGGAGGCGAGCGGGGACCCCGCCGUCACCUCCCCUGCGAUCGCAAAAGAGCUCCAUCGCGCCCUGCCUUCGCCCCCCAUCGACGGAAAGGCGGGGGAAGGGGAAGGGGAGGAGGGGGAGAAACGGCCGUCCACCCCCUCCUCCUCUUCGGCUUCUUCUUCGAUUUCGUUUUACGAGGAGGCGGCGAGGGAGCUUCGGGAGGCCGUGGCGCGGCGGGAUCGCCCGGCGUUCGAGGGGACCCUCGCUCGUCUGCGCAAAAGGGCGAUUCGCCCGCGUGGGACGCUGCUCGGCGUGAUUCUUCGCGGGUGGGGGGUUUUUAAAAACCCCGACGGCGUCGCCGCGGCGCUUGCGGAUGGGGAGAACGAAGGCGGCGGGAGACGAGCUGCCCUCCUCGCGGAUGCCGCGGCCGCCUUCGCGCGGAUGCGGGCGGUCGCCGAGGUGGAUCGUUGCUGGCAGGAACUUCUUGAAUCCUGCGGGGCGAUCCCAAUGGCGGUGUAUAAUCGAUUUUUAGAUCUCUACCUCUCGCUGAAUCAGAUCCCGAAGGUGCAGGGGAUUUUGGAUACGAUGAUGAAACGCAUGCCGCCGAACAUUCUAACGGCGACGACGGUGGUGGAUCUCCUCGGACGAAUGGGGCGGUUCGACGAAAUGGAAGAAGUUUUCGCGGAGAUGGCAAAAUCCCCUCACACCACCCCGAAUUUAACCACCUAUCAUCGCGCGAUGGCCGCGUACGCGCGCGGCGGCGACGUCGCGAAGUUGGAGGCGUUUCGGGAACGAAUGCUUCGCGAGGGGUUUGUGGAGAAUUCGACGACGUUUAACCUCCUUUUCGAAGGUUACGGCCGCGCGAAACGCUACGCGCAGCUCCAGGAGUUGUGGAAGGAGCGCCAGGCGAAAGGGAUCGCGAUGGAGGAGAAUGGAUUUGUGCUUUUGUUUCAUAUUUACGCCCGGGCGAGGAUGCCGGAGGAGACGAUGCUACUCGCGACGGCCAUGGAGGAAAGCGGCAUCGCGUUAUCCAGCCGUCUGCUCGCCACCGUGGCGAGUGCUUUCGGGGCGGUUGGAAACAUGGAGGAGAUGUCGAAAUACGUCGCGCGACUUCGUGCCCUUCCAAGGCCGCGAUUGCGGGAUAUUGAAUCCAUUUAUAACCUCUUCGCGCGGAUUCGCGAUGUCGUGCGGUUGCAGGAGUUGCUGGAUUCCGAAACGCUGCCAAAGAGUGAGUUGAUUUACAACAUCUCCGUCUCCGCCUUUGCGCGGGCGGGGGAGCGCACCAAGGUCGCUCAUCUGCUCACGGAGAUGGAGCAAAAGGGGUAUAAGCUAAGUCGAAGCUCCAAUAUGAUCCUGAGCUCGCUGCUUUUGAAAUCGGGAAGGGGGGAUAUCGCGCAGGCGAUGCUUCAAGGGGAUUACGAGGAUUCCGCGGAGGACGGGGGUGGGGAAAAGACUUCAUGGGGGUUGACGCCGCCGGAUUCGUCGUUGGAGACCGCCGGGGAGGAGGAUUCGGGGUUAUUAGAACGGAUCGAGCAUGACCCCCCCCCACCCCCUCUCCCUGAGGAGGAUAAGGAAAACACCUUGGCGAGUGAGGAGGGUGAAGAAUAA